AUCUCUCAGGUGUGGAACAUGACUCUGGUGCAGCUGCUGCGCAGUGUGCACACGCUGGGGCUGGACCGGGGCCGGCGCCAGGUGCGCUCGCUGGAGCAGGAGGUGCUGUGGCGGACCUGGCGCCAGCUGGCAAACCUGGCUGAGCACCUGGCCGGGGCCCAGGGCAAGGACAGCCAGUACCUGCUGCCCGAGGUGCUGCACAAGCUGGAGUUGCGCUGGACCGAGCUGGAGGGGACGCGCAGUGUGGUAAUGCUCAUGGCCAAGGUGGGACACCUGUCACCUACACUCAUGGAGCGCCUGGAGGACAAGGUGCUGGAGCUGGCGGAUCAGCUGUCCCCAGAGGAGCUGUGCCGCGUGGCUGUGGCCCUGGCGCUGCAGCAGCGCCGCAGUGUGCCCCUGCUGCGAGCCCUGUCCUACCACCUGCUCCAGAGGCACAUGGAGCUGCAACCGUCAGGCCUGCUGGACCUGCUCUUCGCAUACAGUAAGCUGAACUUCAUGCAGCCUCAGGUGCUGCAGCGCCUGUCGACUGACCUGCAGCCACACCUGCCCACGAUGACACCUGCGCAGGUGACACGCUGUGCUCGUUGCUUCGCCGCCCUGCGCUGGCUCUGUGCCCCCCUCUGCGAGGCCAUCGCUCAGUAUUGCCUGGACAACACGGAACGCCUCUCAGCCACUCAUCUCUGUGGGAUAAUCCUGGCCUUCGCUCGCCUCAACUUCCAGCCCAGCAUAGGACAGGAGUUCUUCUCAAUGGUCCAUGGGCAGCUGCAGGGGCAGAUGGAGCAGCUGGAGCCUCACCUGCUGACAGAUGUGGUGUGGGCACUGUGUAUCCUGCAGCAGGUACAGCCCUGUCACCUGAGCCACGUGCUGGCACCAGAGUUCCAGAGCCGACUACGAGGUGACACGUCCCCGAGGGCUGAGAGCUCAUGGCUGAAGCUCAUCCACAUCAACGCCACAGCGCGGCUGGAGGCUGUGGGCUAUGAGGGGCCCUUCCUGCCCCCUGAGGCACUGGGGGGGGACAGGGGCAAGGACAAGGACAAGGCCACCCCCCUGCAGCGAGGGCUGCGGGAGGCACUACCAGGGGCACUGGGGGGACAUGACCUCGGCCGCUACGACAUGCGUACGGUGUACGGCUGGGACAUCGAUGCUGAGGUGGUGCUGGACAGUGACAACAAACCUCUGCCUGUGAGGGACUUCGUUGCCCCACACCUGUCCCACUCUGAGGGGACAAAGCCACUGCCACCCGGGGCCAAGAGGUUAGCAUGCCUGCUCGGGGAGUUCCCGCAGCUGAGCUGCCUGGGGCGGGAGGUGCUGGGCCGCGGGGCCCUGGCGAGGCGGCACCUGCGGGCGGCAGGACUCCUGCUGGUGGAGGUGCCUCACUAUGAGUUCCUGGAGCUGAAGUUGGAGCGGCAGCGUGUGGCAUACCUGAGGGACAAGGUGGCCAAGGCUGUGGCCACUGAAAUGGCCACUGAUGCAGCUACCUAG